AUGGAUAUUGAAAAGUUAGGGAAAUCGUUCUACAAUUCCGAUGAACAGCCAUUGAGUGAGCCUAUCAGAAACCUCAAGGCCAAGACAUUGAAUGAGGCUAUAGCAAGAAAAAACCACGAUGUGUUGGUCUCGUACCUGAAAUCAACGGAGGGAUUGAUAAGUAACGAAUUGAGACUCAAGAUAUGGCCCAUACUAUUGGGGUUACCAGAUUCCGAAGGUGCCGAUGUAAGUAGGGAACCAGGUACUAGUCCAGUUGUUGGAGGUGCGGGUAGCUCUUCAUUUAGGACUGCUGACUUUGAUUCGAUUUUGAAUUCCUCAUCAUCGAAUCACACGAACUCACCCGCCAGCUCACUUAGCACUUCGAUAGACUCUAUUUCAGAUUCAGCUACAUUUGUACCCAAAAAGAAGCAUUCAUCGUCUAAGUUAUCGAAGAAUCUCAAAUCCACUUCAUUUUAUUUGAAUGACCUAAAUACCAUCGAUUUACCUCCUCACAAAGAUGAAGAACAAGUGAAAUUAGAUAUCCAAAGAUCGUUCACUGUAUUGUCUCAUUUGCAAUCGCAAAUGGGAGUAAUCAGUGGUAAUGAAAGCAGCUACGGCACCAGCAUCAAUGAAGGUGAUUGCAAUAGCACAUAUACGACCAUUCUUUCCAAGUCAGAUAUUGAAUCAUUAAAAAAGAAACUUCUGAAUCUCAUCAUUAAGAUUUUGAGGAAAUACCCAGCAUUGAACUAUUACCAAGGCUACCAUGAUAUUGCUAGUAUAGUCCUCAUAAUUUGUUACGAUAAGGAAACACAAAUAAUCAAUGAAGAAUUGGCAUUUUCCAUCUUAGAAAAGUUAACUAUAUUUCAUUUGAGAGAUUUCAUGAUUCAGGAUAUUAACUUGUCAGUAAAUCACCUUAGAUUAAUUCCUAAGAUUUUGCAAGUUGCGGAGUUAGACUUAUUUGAACUAUUGAAGCAAACUAAUGGUUCAUUUUUGAUGUCUAAUGGAGAAAUCUUUGACUACAAAUUUUACCAAGGGUUAUCGUCAAUAUUAACCAUGUUUAGUCAUGAUUUAAUAAAUUUGAAACAGAUUUUAACGAUAUGGGAUUUCAUGUUGAGUUACGAUUCUAUAUUGGUAAACAUAUAUGUUUAUACUUCCUGCUUGAUAUACUUUAAAGAUGACAUAUUCAAGGAAUUGGGCUUGCCAUUGGAUGACGAAUAUCAAGAUUAUAGUAAUGUCGACAGGGACAUAGUUCAUACAGUGCUAAGCCCCGGAAAUUUAUUCAAAGAUAUCAAUGAUAUUGAUUUAAUCAAGAUUCUUAAUAAAGCGGAAAGCUUGAUAGAGAAGUUCCCAUUGGAAUUGAACCAAAAUACAAAAUCGCCCCAAAAUGUUAACAAGAAAGUAAACAAUGAAUCAGAUGAAACAAUGUCCGAAAUAGUUGAGGACAAUAAUAAAGGAGUAGACAAUUCUAAAAUUGAUGUCAUUAACGAGGAUGAAGCUAUUGCCGAAAAAGAUCUUAGUAAUUACUCGGAAAGCGAAUGGUUUGAUUUUAAUUCACACUCAGUACUUGUAACGACGUCACUACUCUGCUUCAAUUUAGCAGAUAGAAAAGAAAAAGAUAAACAGUAUAGCUGCCUUUUCAAUAAUUCAACAUUGUCAGAAUGGAUACAGAUACAGGAUGAAGAGAUUGCUAAACAAUCAAAUUAUGAGUUCGAGCAGCAACAAAAGCUUUUCGAAAAACAGAAUCAACAAGUAAAUGAUACUUCAGCUUCAGCUUCAGACUUUAACUCCAGUGGAUCAAUUCUGUUAUCAUCGUCAUUAUCCAGCUUGACAAGUGCCACAUCUAGUUCUGCAAUGAAUGCACUCUCUACAUCGUCAUUAUUACUAAAGAAAAUUUUAAGAGUUGGCAAUACAAUCGAUGAUGAAAGUGAGACUGAUUCCAAGAGUACCAAGAAGAGGAAGAGCAAGGGCCUUACUGACAGGUCACCAUUCCAUAUUAGCAACAUUUAUAAAAUUUCAGUUACUAUUGGAUUUAUUGGAUUUAUGAUCCACUUUCUUCUUGUUAGAAGCAAUACUAGAUUAUCUGAGUACAGCAUAGUCAAGUAUGUAUCUCCGGCGUUUCACAAUGUACGUGAUGAACUUUCGACAAUUAGUUCAGGUUUAAUGAAGGAAGUCAGCGCUGGAAUUUCUAAUGUAUAUAAUUUGGUUUCAGAGAGUGAUGCCAUAUCUAACGGUGCACACAUGGGACAAGUAGGUUUAGGAAAUAUCAGAGGUUUGAUAUUUGGGUUCAACAAAUGA